UCUACUGCGGUCACUCUAAACCUCCAAACGAACGGAAUUAUUUUUAUCGCGGACUGUCGCGUUUUUUCGUUUGUGUCGCGCCUCAAUCAAACUCACCUUAAAAAUAAUACACAAAUAGUAGAUUACGAUUUCUGGGUGUUGUUAUCAAAAAUAACGGCAUUUAAACGACAACUUCGCCUCGACACUCGUUUUCCGAUUUUCUCCUCUUCGCGCGUCGCUUUUACCUGCAGCGCAGUCGCGACAGCUGAAAAUUAAUAAAACUAAAAGAAAAAGUGUAAAUUGGAUAAAAAGUCGCUGGUUGAUCGCCAGUUUUUUAUAUAACAACCAAGCAAACCAGUUAUUAGAUGUUUUUGUGAAUAGUGUGAAACAAAUUCUCGGCCCGUACCUGCGCACACAACAAAUACAUUCCCAUAGUUCCUAUUUCGAUCCGAUCAGCUUCUCAAAUCGCAGAUCACCAGAAAAUCCCAGCAUUCGCAAUAUGCAAAAUUAGGCCGAUUUGAUUUCGUGUGGAUAUCGUGAAGUGGAAUAGUGUCGCUAAAAGAGAAAAUUUAAGAGUUAACAGUAAAGUCCUGGAGUGUAAAUAAAAGUGCUUAUACAUACACACAUUUGAAGAAAUAAUAAAAAACAAAGGAGGAAAAAGCGGCAAGAUGAACAAAACCUGUGCGCGUUGUCAGAAGGUUGUCUAUCCCAUCGAGGAGCUCAAGUGUCUGGAUAAAACAUGGCACAAAACGUGUUUCAAAUGCACAGAAUGCGGCAUGACGCUCAAUAUGAAAACCUACAAGGGCUACAACAAAAUGCCCUACUGCGAGGCACACAUACCGAAGGCCAAGGCAACGGCCAUUGCCGAUACGCCCGAACUCAAGCGCAUCGCGGAGAACACGAAAAUCCAGUCGAACGUUAAAUACCAUGCGGACUUUGAGAAGGCCAAAGGCAAAUUUACACAGGUGGCCGAUGACCCGGAAACGCUGCGGAUCAAACAGAACACGAAGCACAUAUCGAAUGUGGCAUAUCACGGCGAUCUGGAGAAGAAGGCGGCUAUGGAGAAGCAGCGAGGAUCCGCCGAGGUUUCCGACAGCAGCAAUGAAUCGGAAUAUUUCUCUGAGCAAUUGGCAGCUGAACAGUUCUCGCAAUAUGCACCCACAGCCUCACCCAUACCGCCAGCAGUGACAACACUACACCAGCAACAUCAACAGCUACAACAGCAGCAGCAACAACAGCAGCAACAACAACAGCUUCAACAGCAGCAAUACCAGCAACAACUGCAGCAGCAACAACAACUGCAGCAGCAGCAACAACAACAACAUCAACACCAACACUAUCUGCAACAGCAGCAACAAACCCUGCCACCGCCUCCAAUACAACAUCAGCAAUACAACACAGCGGCUAUAACGCCCACAUACCAACAACUCCAACAGCAACAACAACAGCAGCAACAACGAGCACAGCAGCAACUGCACGAUCCUUAUGCACACUAUCAGCAACCGCAGGCUCUGCGCCAGCAGCAACAACAGCAGCUGCUGCAACAGCAAGCCAUUAAACAAGCCUCACAUCUUUAUCCCACAGCAACAUCCCAGCAGCAGCAGCAACAGAUGCCUCCAUCUCAGUCGCAGGCAAAUCCGCAGCAGCAAGCGCUUAACAGCUACAAUGAGAUGCGCUCGGCCAUACUCCAGAAUUCCCAUCAUCCCAGCGGCAAUUCCGUGGAUCAGUACGACCAGGCACAGGCGCACAUUAGCAACCCCACGCUUGUUGCUGCCCCACAGCAGCAGCAAUCGCACCACAGCCUGCUGAAUAACAAUGCCAACAACGGCGGCAGUUCGCACAGCAACCACAGUAACAUCAACAAUAAUGGACACGGCUCCCAAAGCCAAAUGUUGCCGCCUCAAAUGAGACGCUCGGCGGCUAGCGUGGCCUACGAUGGCAACAACAAGCAACAAGUGUCCGCAGGAGCACCACUAGCAGCCGGACCAGGAGUGGCCCAGAAUCACCUGCAGCAGCUGUACGCUUCGCCCAAUUAUACCGCUGUGACACCUUCCGAAAAUUCGAUAAACGUUAAACAGCACGCCAGCAAUGGCCAUGUGCCAAACCAGCAACAGCAGCAGCAACUUGGCAAUAUCGGGAAGAUAGCGGACUACGAUCCGCUGACGGAUGGGCCAAGGGUGGUGCCCAAUGCCGGCAGGUCUAGCACCACUUUGGUCUACAGCUCCGAGCCACGGGGGGGCAAUCAAGGUGGCAAUAGCGUGUACCCGAAGCGAAUUGGUUCCGUGACCGAUAUCGACCCGGCCAAUGGAAUUUAUGGAUCGCUGAGCGGCGCCGAGCAGGCUCACCAGCAGCAGAAGCACCAUCAGUACUAUCAACAGGUGCAGAUGAUGCAGCAGCAGGAACACCCGUCGCAACAACAGCAACAACAGUUGCGCCAGCAGCCAUCCUACUCCUCCCUGCAGGAAAAACAGUCGCGCCAGAGCACUGCAUUGCGCGUCUAUCGGGCCAUAUACGACUACGAGGCGCAGGACGUCGACGAGGUCAGCUUCCGCGAGGGCGACGUCAUCUUCGAGGUGGAGUCCAUCGAUUCUGGCUGGAUGACCGGGCGGGUGGAGCGUACCGGCAAGACCGGCAUGCUGCCCGCCAAUUAUGUGGAACAGGCGGUUAUAUAA